AAGGCUAGAGGUUGAGGGAUUGACUGAGCCCAUCCGAUGCUUCAUUCAUGCAACUUGAUGCAGCGGCAGCGAGAGAUUAUGCGAGGAUGAUUUUGUUGAGUGUAAAUGUGAAAUCUGAUUAUCUCCGUGCUGGGAGGGGCAGGGAGAUGUGCUGAGGCAAUGGCUUUUUCACCAGGAGGGAUCCGGCGAGGGGAGCUCACAGUGACAUGAGAGAACAAGGCUGAUCUUGCUCUGCGACGGUGCUGCAGCUGAGAGUCGAGGUUUCAUGGGAUGCACUAUAUACGCGGCCAGCCCUGAGGCACCCCCGGAGGGUCCUGACCCAGCCAAACGCCCCAAUGAUCCCAGCACCAGGAGACCACACACGCGACAGAGGCCGAGGAGCAUGACUGAGCAGCAGGAACAGAGCGAGGACGUUGGCCUCCUCACGCCUCCGGACCUGCCCGAGCCCCCGAAGGAAGAGGACACCCAAAACCCCCCGCAGUUCAGAGUGCAGCUUAUCGAUGACCUAUCAUAUGAGGAUGUGAAGAAAUGCUACCGCGGCUCGACCGUCAGCAAGUACAACUCCCAGUACCACAAGCUCUUCCAGACCGUCCCCAAGGAGGAGAUCCUUAUGAAAGUGUACUCUUGUGCUCUGCUACGAGACAUCCUUCUUCAGGGCCGCCUUUACAUUUCCAGAAACUGGCUGUGUUUCUACGCCAACCUCUUUGGCAAGGACAUUAAGGUGGCCAUCCCAGUGGUGUCUGUGCGACUGGUGAAGAAACACAAAACAGCAGGCCUGGUCCCCAACGGACUGGCCAUUACCACAGACACCAGUCAGAAGUAUGUGUUUGUGUCACUACUGUCCAGGGAUAGUGUGUAUGAUGUAUUGAGGCGGAUUUGCACUCAUCUCCAGGUCAAUGGCAAGAAAAGUCUCAGUCUCAAGCAGUUUAUGGAGGAACCCAACUCCUUAUCUCUGGUGAGCCUUGGACUCCUUGCUUGUGUUCCUGUGGCUUCACUAUCUGACGAGUUCCCGGUCCCGGAUGAGUUCCCCGUGGCGGACGAGUUCCCCCCAGUGCUGAAAUGGAGGCGGAAGCCGUCUGUGGCCUCGGUGUCCUCUUCGCUCCCAGACCUGCUGGGCAACUCGGCCAGCAGCCUCAGCGCAGUGGACACGCCCUUCCAGACAGAUGAGCCACUGGAGGAGAGCGGCCUGGAGACAGACAAGAUCCUGCUCACAGAACCGGUUCCGGAACUGGGCCAGAUGGAGUACCAGCUGCUGAAGUUUUUCAUCCUACUGAUCAUUCUUCUCAUCCUGUCCUCCUGUUACCUGGCCUUCCGUGUGUGUAGCCUUGAGCAGCAACUGUCGUUCCUCAACCACAACCCAGCCCUCACCCUAAGGGAAAGAUAACUCGGGGCUUGAGUUUGCCACUGGAAGGAAGAGCCUACCUGCACAGGCCCCUUGCUGUCUUUGAUCCUGUCAAGACUAUGCAAAACAGGCCCUUUUAUUUAUUGAAGGUUUCCUGCAGUUCAGAGUGGAAUUAUACUCCAUCACUGUAGUUUGAUCAUUGUUUCACAGAACAAGCUGGGAGAAAAAAAAACUGAAAAAGAGGCCCUUAGGUAAAUCAUUCUUCUGUUAUCUUUCAUUUUAUCCUUACACUGGUAAGCUGGAUUGGAUCGAACAGCAGUCUGUGCUGUUCCCAAAGAUGCUCCAUGAUGAUAAUAAUGCCAAUGGAACACUAAAGGGGUCUGAUCGAUCUCACAAGCACCUCUGGCUGCCUUUUAACAUAUACUGUAUGUAAUCCUUCCAUUUCAAAUCCUCUGGAGAUUCCGAGCAAUAACAACGUCAAAAAGAUACACAUAUCUAGAAGCCAGCAAUCAUGACCUCUGUCAGACUAAUCUUGAACGGAGACUGCUGAUAAUCCCUGUAGUCACAGACAGUGUGAAGACUGGGCAACGGAACACUGGUCAACUUAUAGGACACUGGAACUGCAUAGGAUGGUCAAUCAGAGAAAACGGAUGUUAGUCUUCACAGUAGUGAAAAUACUUCAUGUUUAACUGCAAGGCUGAUGUAACAUGUAGUUAUUACCACUACCAAGUCAGGAUGAGCUACCUGUAUGGAUAUCAUAGCUGAGUUCAUUUAUCACAUAGACAUUUCAUAGAGCCAUAGCUGAGGUACAGCACUGGACUAAUCAGGGUUAAGAAUAGGAUGGAAUAGAAUAUAAUGAUGCUAAGAAUAUGUAUUUUGUUUUUAUUUUUUUUAGAUGUAAUCUAGAAGUGAGCUGCACAUAAUCUUCGUGUUGCCCAGCUCUGUGAGUUUGCACAGACAGGCUAGUUAUUAGACCGAGGGAUAAGGAGGUGUUAGCCCUCUUCUUUUGUUCCUGACAUGCCAAGUUUAGAACUCCUGCCUGUCCUUAUAAUUUAUUUAAAUUAUACUCACCCACACACCGUAGGUUUCAGCUGCCAAAUUAGAACCUCAAUGUUGGCAUAGCCUGGACCCAUAAACAGAUUUCAGCUUUUUUUCUUUGUUUUUAUGAGGCUUGUUAAAUUGUAUAUGUUGUUCCUAUAUUGUAUAUGCAAUGCAAAGAUGUCACAGUAAAAUCUACUGUAUAUUUCAAAUGAACUAUUGACAACAUAGGAAAGGACCUGUUUUUUACAGAGUGCUUGGACUGUUGUUAAAACAGAGUUUACGAUCCUGUUCAGAGUCUUGGAAGGUGUAUGUGUGUUUGCACUGAAGUGAAUGUACACUGAUCAGUUUGAAACAAGAAUAAUGCAAAUCAAAGCAAUUAUCAAGUGCUGGAAACACUUUCAGAAAUGUCACUGAAGUUGAACAUUUGAAGUUGGAAGAUACAUUUGAACAUUUCAGAAUUGUUUGCCUCAUAUUGAUGUCCCUGGUUGUUCUUGUAUCCCCUCCACUGUCUUUUUCCUUUGCACACACAACCCACAUCAAGAGCCUUGUAUGAACCUUGUCUCAUGUCAAGUAUUAAAUAAGCAGUUUGUAGGCUGUGGUUUUCCUUUCCGAUUUGCUGUCACACACUUGUAACAUUUCAACUAGUUGUACUAGUUCGUUCAACUACUCAUUAAAUGUUCAGUUACUGACACAAUCUAAUAAAAAGCCAUUUGAUCCAGACACGUCUGGAUAUACAGUGUCAGUAAUAUAGUGAUAAUUUUUCAGUGCUGAUAUGAAGAGUCAUACACAUCAAAUAAAGUUUUACCAUCAACUCCA